CACUAACGAGAUCCAACUGCAACAACUGCUCCUCUAAUCCUUUUCUAAUACUCGCUCCUCGUUCUCCGCCAUUUACCCAGCAUGUCGCUCUGUCGGUCAGCCGUCCGGCUGGCCGCCAGUCGGCCAACCAUCUCUACAGCGGCAGUGUCGCCCGUCUUGUUAUCCCGCUCAUCUCUUCUACCCCAGUCUCUCAGCUCACCUCCCCCAUUGAGGUCAUUUCGCCCUGUCCUGCAUAGGUAUCAAGUCUCCAAUGCGGCGCCAAUAGGCGGCAAAAUCAAGACGAACACCAGCAAGACAUCGGAUGUCGUCACCGCCGUCCGCGUCCGCCGAUCACGUCGAUUUCAAUAUCUACUGGCUGUGCUGGUCGUCUUGGCUAUCCUCUACAAUGUGCACAGCCCGUUCCGACACUCGGUGCUUGCAGUUGUCCGAUGCGCGCGGGUCAUGAAGGCUGUCGUCGCCGAUGUCUGGGACUACAAGCGAACAUUUGCUCAGGAAGCUCAUCUCGGUGAUGCGAACGGCGUCUUGACUCCGGAGGAGCUUGCGCAGCGUCGCGCGGCCAGAAAGGCGUGUCACCGCCGUUCAGCUCAGCGCAUCUUCGAGGCGCUCAAGAAGAACUCGGGCGUCUACGUCAAGCUUGGCCAGCAUGUCGCGGCCGUACAGGUGCUUCCGAAGGAGUGGACAGAGGCAAUGACCCCGCUACAAGACCAAUGCUUCCCGACCCCCAUCGAGGAGAUUGACGCAAUGCUAAAGGACGACUUGGGCUUGGGCAUCGACGACCUGUUUAUCGACUUCAAUCCGCUCCCAAUCGGAGUCGCAUCACUCGCACAAGUUCAUCGCGCCAUCGACAAGCGAACCGGUCGACCCGUCGCCGUCAAGUUCCAGCACGCUGACCUUCAGGAGUUCGCGCUCAUCGACAUGGCCACGGUCAAUUUUGCUAUCAGCUUUGUCAAGCACGUGUUCCCAGACUUUGAGUUUGGCUGGCUCGGCGAGGAAAUGAACGAGAUGCUCCCUCUCGAAAUGAACUUUCGCCACGAGGCCGCAAACUCGAUGCGCUGUCGCCGCGACUUCCAGCACUUGAAGGGCAAGACGAGCCUCUAUCUCCCCGAAGUUUUGUGGGCUGAGCGACGCUGCUUGGUCAUGGAGUACAUCAACGGCACCCGCGUUGAUGAUCUCUCAUUCCUCCAGAGACAUGGCAUCGACCGCAACCAGGUCAGCAAAGAGCUCUCGCGCAUCUUCUCGCAGAUGGUUUACAUCAACGGGUUCUUCCAUGCUGACCCGCACCAUGGCAACAUUCUUAUCCGUCCGCGGGCGCCGGGCUCGUCCUCGCCGUACAACUUUGACAUCUGCUUGUUGGACCACGGGCAGUACUUUGAUAUCCCCGCGGAUCUGCGAGUCAACUACGCACACUUCUGGCUCGCCCUCAUGCGGCCACAGUCCGAGGAAACCACACGGCUGCGCAAGAAGUAUGCACGGCUUGUAGGCAACAUUGAGGACGACAUGUACCCCUAUUUGGAGAGCGCCAUCACGGGCCGGGUGAGCAUGGAGGACUCGAUUAACGAAAAUCCGACGAGCUCGCUGCUGGGCGAGAGUGACUCGGCCGCAAAGGAGCUGGACAAACUUCGAUCAGCCGUCAUGGACCGUGACGGGCUUAUUGCUGGCGUUUUUGAGUUGCUGCGCCGAGUGCCAAGGCGCCUGCUGAUGAUCUUGAAGCUCUCCGAUCUGCAGCGCUCUCUAGACUACAGCCUCUCAACCACCCACAGCGCACACCGUAUCUAUAUCAUCAUCGGGCAGUACUGCACGCAAGCUGUUUGGGACGCCGACCGCACCAGGAUAGGGCUCGAAUAUGGUCAGAUGGGCCUGUCGCUCCCGCUCAUUCGCGAAAUCGUUGGCGCUUGGUGGAUGUACGCUUCCAAUAGCGUCUUCUUUGGCGUACUUGGCUGGGGAAUGGACGUGGAUGCGAGAUGGCGCAAGAUGACGCUCUGGUUCCACGGCUUGACGCAUGGCGGGCUCAACACGGCGUCUUUGGAGGUUGCUGGCCUUCAGGCAUGAUACCACCAUAUAUUAUAGAUGAUAAGUCGUUCUAGACAUUCCGCUAUGUAACUUGGGCCGCCAUAAGAAUCGUGGGGUUUUCAUAUCAUUGCAGAUA